AUGUUAAUAUUGUUUGUAUUUUUUUUAAUAAUUUAUUUAUUAAAUAUAAAUUGUUUAUUUAAUGAAAAUAAUGAAAAUAUCUUAUUAGAUGAUAUUGGAAAUAAAAUAAUGAAUUAUGUUAAUGAAAAUAAAAUUCCAUUAAUAUUAAAAAAAAAAUUAAUUGAUAAUGAAGGAGGUUCAAUGAGUUCAACAUAUGAUGGAUAUUUAAAUCUAGAUAAUAAAACAAAUCAAUCAAUUAUUGUUAAAUAUUCUUCAUUUAAAACAAUAUGGAAUUAUGUUCAAUCAAUUGAAAUUGAUCGUUUAUAUGAAAAUGGUUGUUAUUCACAAAUUGAUUCAAAUCAAAAUGAAUAUCUUGUUUAUAAACAAGAUCAAAAUCGAAUUAUUUAUCAAAAUUGGAUUCCAAGUGAAGUUUAUGUUGCAUUUAAAGGAUAUAUUUGUCCUAAUUUAAUGCCAACAUCAACAAUUCUAAAUCGAAAAUAUUCAUAUAUAUCUUUUUUUAAAUCAAUUCAACAAAAUGAUGAUGAAAGAAAAUUUGUAAUUAUAUUUAAAAAACUCGAAAAUGGUAUAUCAUUAAAAAAAUAUCUUCAAUUAUAUUCAAAUCAAUUAACAAUUGAUAUUGUUAAAUAUUUAAUUUAUUCAAUAUUAAUUGGAAUAAUUAAAUUAAAACAAAUGUCAAUAAUACAUCUUGAUCUUAAUAGUGGAAAUAUAUUUAUUAUCAAUAAUGAUAAUCAACAUACAAUUAAAUUUAUUGAUUUUUCAAUUAUGAAAUUUAUUGAUCAAUCAAAACAAAUUCAAGUUAUGUAUUCAGAAAAUUUACAUCAAUCAUUUAGAAAUAUUUUUCUUAAUUGUCCUUCUUGUUUUCAUUCAAAUAAUUAUAUUCAAAAUAUUAUUUUUCCUCAUUUAUUUCAUCAAUCAUUUAAAAAUUAUUCCAUUGAACAACUUUUAAAUCAUCCAUGGUUUUAUACCAAUUAA